AUGGCUUCCGACAGGGACGUUUUGCCUGACACCGUCAAGCCCUCCAACUAUGCCAUCUCUCUGUAUGACAUAGAGUUCGGCGGUGCUUUCGGCUACCAGGGCACCGUCACCAUCUCCUCCGAGAUCCGCAGCCCCACCAAGGAAAUCGUGCUCAAUGCCUACCAGCUGAAGAUUCACGAGGCCUCGGUCGUGACCGAGCACACCAAGACUCAGCAGUCGAUCAAGACCACCAGCGUUUCGUACGAUGACAAGAACCAGCGCGCCACCCUCACCUUCGGCCAGGAUCUGCCUGCUUCCUCCAAGGCCGAGGUCACCAUCAAGUUCCAAGGCACCAUCAACAAUUUGAUGGCUGGUUUCUACCGCUCGAAAUACAAACCCGCUGUCCCUGCUGUCGCUUCCGUCGCCAAGGAUGACGAGUACCACUACAUGUUUAGCACUCAAUUUGAGUCUUGCGACGCUCGUAGGGCCUUCCCUUGCUUUGACGAACCCAACCUGAAGGCCACCUUCGAUUUCGAGAUCGAGAUCCCCGAGGACCAGACUGCUAUCAGCAACAUGCCCGAGAAGGAGACCAAGAAGGCUUCCAAGUCUGGUUUCAAGGUUGUUUCCUUCGAGAGGACCCCCGUCAUGAGCACCUACCUCCUGGCCUGGGCUGCUGGUGAUUUUGACUACGUCGAGGACUUCACCCGCAGGAAGUACAACGGCAAGAGUUUGCCGGUCCGCGUCUACACCACCCGUGGUCUCAAGGAGCAGGGCCGCUUUGCGCUUGAGCAUGCCCACAAGACCGUGGACUACUUCUCCGAGAUCUUCCGGGUUGAGUACCCUCUGCCCAAGGUCGACAUGAUUGCUGUGCAUGAAUUUUCACACGGUGCCAUGGAGAACUGGGGUCUCAUUACCUACAGAACUACCGCAGUGUUGUUCGACCCGGAGAAGUCCGACCAGAAAUACAAGAACAGGGUGGCAUACGUUGUUGCUCACGAACUUGCCCACCAAUGGUUUGGCAACCUGGUUACGAUGGACUGGUGGAGUGAGCUGUGGCUCAACGAGGGUUUCGCCACCUGGGUUGGCUGGCUGGCUGUGGACCACCUUCACCCUGAGUGGAACGUCUGGGGGCAGUUUUGCAGCGAAUCUCUGCAAUCAGCGUUUUCUCUCGACUCUCUUCGCAAUUCUCACCCUAUCGAAGUGCCGGUCAGGAAUGCCCUUGAGGUCGACCAAAUUUUCGACCACAUCAGCUACUUGAAGGGAAGCUCCGUCAUUCGCAUGCUGAGCGCACACCUUGGUGUUGAAACCUUCCUUCUCGGAGUGUCGCAAUACCUGAACGCAUUCAAGUACGGCAACGCUACGACCAACGACCUGUGGACGGCUCUGAGCAAGGCCUCUGGCCAGGAUGUCAACACUUUCAUGGAUCCGUGGAUCCGCAAGAUCGGGUUCCCCGUCGUCACCGUUGCCGAGGAGCCUGGCCAGAUCAGCGUGCAGCAGCGACGCUUCCUCCUCACUGGCGACGUGAAGACAGAGGAAGACCAGACAACUUGGUGGAUUCCACUUGGCUUGAAGACCGCUUCCAAGACGGCAAGUGGCACUGAAGGUGCCCUCACCACCAAAGAGAACACCAUUCGCGACGUCGAUGAGAGCUUCUACAAGAUCAACGCAGACCAGACUGGUUUCUACAGGACGAACUACCCACCUAACCGCCUUCUCAAGCUUGGCGAGGCCAAGGACAAGCUCAGCAUCGAGGACAAGAUUGGCCUCGUUGGAGACGCGGCCGCCUUGGCGCAAUCUGGCGAUGCUACCACGGCUGGUUUCCUGGCUCUCAUUGAAGGUUUCAAGGACGAGUCCGAGUACAUUGUCUGGCAGCAGAUUCUUCUCACAUUGGGCAAUGUCCGCUCGAUCUUCUCCGAUGAUGAGACGAUUUCGAAGGGUCUUCGCGUGCUCACACGCAAGCUAGUGACGCCGGCCACCGACAAGAUCGGGUGGGAAUUCGCUGAGAAUGAGGAUUUUCUCAAGGGCCAGCUUCGUUCUCUCCUGAUCUCGGCCGCUGGUCUCGCCGGGCACGAGGGUGUGAUCAAGGAAGCGCAACGCCGCUUUGCUGCGUACCAGAGCGGUGACAAGAAGGCAAUUCACCCAUCGCUGCGCGGACCGAUCUUCAGGAUCGUGGUGACCGAGGGCGGUGAGAAGGGCUACGAGGCGAUCAAGCACGAGUUCGUCAACAACACAUCGAUCGAUGGCAGGGAGAUUUGCUUGCAGGCGCUUGGGCGCGUGCAGACGGCAGAGCUCGCAAAGGCGUACCUCGACUUCCUCUUCUCGCCGGCAGUGCCCGUCCAGGACAUGCACAGUGGGGCAGCGGCACUGGCCGCCAACUCGAAGACGCGGCACACGCUGUGGGCCUACGUCAAGGAGCACUGGAGCACCAAGGUGUACCCCGAGCUGAGCGGCAACAUGGUGGUGCUGGACCGCUUCAUCAAGCUCUCGCUCGCCAAGUUCGCCAGCUACGAGGUUGCAAAGGACGUCAAGGCCUUCUUCGCGGACAAGGACUGCAAGGGCUUCGAUCGGGCGCUGGCGCAAUCGGAUGAUAUCAUGACGGGUGGCGCCAAGUACCGUGAGAGAGACAGCGCGGUCGUCAAGGAAUGGCUGUCGGCGCACGGCUACCUCUAG